AUGACCUGGUCUCUGGUGAUUCGAUGGAGGCACAAAGUCUUCUUGACCAAUCAGAAUAUCGAUAUAGCAAGACGACAAGAAGCGCAUUGCUACAGCGGCAGUAGCAAGAGCAGCGACACAUUCCAGAACGCCCUGGAGGAUACCUCACGGUCGGGGCCGUAUUUCGACAAAUCGGCCUCGAAGAACGUGACCGCCCUGCUAGGCAAGACCACGUAUCUCAACUGCCGUGUGAAAAAUUUGGGGAACAGAACGAUGACGCUACAAGUAUCGUGGGUCCGGCACAGGGACGUCCAUUUGCUCACGAUUGGCCGUUACACGUACACGAACGACCAGCGAUUUCGCGUGAUCCAUCCCGCCCAGUCGGAAGACUGGACGCUGCAAAUAAAGUAUCCGCAGCACCGGGACAGCGGCAUUUACGAGUGCCAGGUCUCCACGACGCCCCACAUGAGUCAUCUAGUCCAUUUAAGUGUAAUCGAACCCAUAACCGAGAUUCUGGGUGCGCCGGACUUGUACAUCAAUCGAGGUAGCACCAUCAAUCUCACGUGCGUCGUCCUGCAGAGUCCAGAGCCGCCCGCCUACGUUUACUGGAACCACAACGAUGCGAUAAUCAGCUACGACUCGACCAGAGGCGGCAUCUCCGUAGUAACGGAGAAGGGCGAGACCACGACGAGCUUCCUCUUGGUGCAAGAAGCUAAGCCGUCUGACUCCGGACGGUAUACUUGUAACCCCAGUAAUGCUCAACCGAAAUCGAUCACCGUACACGUACUCAACGAGUAUCCCGCGGCAAUGCAGCACGGCGGUCAGGCCAAGCAACCGAGGCUGUACUCUCUUCUGCUCUGCCUGUGUCUGCUACUUUACUAAUUGUUCCAUUCUAUCGCGCAUUUUUUCCGAGGGAGAGUCGAAAGACAUUUUAGAGCGAGGAGAGUGCGGAAGAGAGGAAAGAAAGUGAGAACGAGAGAGUGCGCGGGAGCGAGCGAGAGCGAGUGAGA